CGUAUAAACAGAGAGCAACAGAAACAAAAGAGGCUUAAGACUGAAAAGCGAGCAUUUCACUUUGAGAUUAACUGAGAGCGGCAGACUGAAAAAGACAGAGAAGUAAACAAAGAAGAGGUAGAUUGACAAAUAGGGAGUUCAUGUCUAAGAGAGUGAAUGGCUCAUGGAUGGGGUCUAUCUCUGUCCCGUCCUCCGUCCCUCAUGCCUUCCGCUCACAACUCUCUUCAUCCGCUGACCUCAGCAUAGCCAUCUUCCUCAUCAUUGCAGGUGUGGUGUCUGUGGUUGGGAAUGGGCUGGUAUUGGUGGUUUACGGUCAGAGGAGAAAGAAGCUCAGAGCGCACGAGCUGAUGACAAUCAAUCUGGCUGUUUGUGAUUUCGGCUACAGCCUGCUGGGGGCGCCAUGUCUCAUCAUCUCAAGUCUGUCCCAUGCAUGGAUUUUUGGGGAAACAGGAUGUAUCUGGUAUGGGAUGCAGGGCUUUGUUUUUGGUAUUGGGUCUCUCAUCACCACCUGCCUUAUCUCCCUCGACCGCUGCUUCAAGAUCUGUAGCGUUCGAUAUGGUCAGUGGAUUGAAAGAAAACAUGCCUCUCUGUCUGUUGCUCUGGUGUGGAUCUAUACAUUGUUCUGGGCUUUACUUCCUUUGUUUGGGUUUGGUAGUUAUGGCCCGGAACCGUUUGGAACCAGCUGCACCAUAAACUGGUGGAGGAUGAAGUCGUCACUCAAUGAUAGAGUCUAUAUUUUCCUGAUCCUGUUACUCUGCUUUGGAGUUCCCACCCUCACUAUCAUCGCUUCAUACCUUGCUAUUAUCAUCAGGGUGUAUUGGUCUGGUCGUAUAUUGGCUUCAAUCCCUUCAUCCAAUGUUACUCACAGCAGCAAAGAUCUUCGGCUGACAAAGAUAGCAGCAGUGGUGUGUUCCUCAUUUCUGAUUGCCUGGACCCCCUAUGCGAUUGUUUCCCUCUAUUCCGCUUUGACUGCCAGAGAAGAGCACCUCGGGGAAGACGGAGGAACUCCUCUCCCGGGCGGAAUAUCAGGAGCAGCCGUCGGCCAUGGCGGAGGGUUCUCUGACGUCUUUGGGUUUCCGUUCCUCAUUAACUGGACCUCUUCAGAACACUUCGGAGAUGCUUUUGGUACCUGGAAGAACAUGACUUCAGAUCAUUCCCAUUCAGUAGAGCAUCAUGGAUCCAGUUCAUCUGUGGGUUCUGCACAUGGAGGAAUGGAUGAACACCGGUCACAUCUUGUGUCCAUCCUGAAGCCAGAGGUCACACUCAUCCCUGCUAUUCUUGCCAAGUCCCACUGCAUGAUAAACCCCUUCAUCUACCAGAUCAUGAACCGUGACUUCAGGGAGGACGUCUAUGAUCUCCUGUGCUUGAGAGGAAAAGAUGGAGAGAGAAGGAGAGGAAGGAGCACAAGUGGAAGUGAUUCUUAUGGGCAUGGUGGAAGCGUCACUCUCUCUUAUAUUCACAGCUGGAGAAGAAGAAGCACACCUACUAGGCAGCCAUCUGGGGAGCGAGUGAAAAAAGAUUCCUCACGGAAGAGUAGAGGGAAGAGAGGGUCCUGUCAGGACAAUGCGUCAGUCGGGUGGGCAUCCUUGGAUACUACAACCUUAGAUACACAGGCCAACUUAGAUAGAGAGAGAGGGAAAGAGGUGGAAAGAGAGAAAAAAGAUUUAGAGAAUCCACCUUUAGCAGCUUGUUGACGGGCGAGGAGUGAUGCCUGCUGAUAUCUAAGACAAAAACAGUAGUUCCUAAUGCAGUUAUUUAGCUCAAAGUAGGCCUAUCUGUCUUUUAGUUAAAAUAUAGUCUUUUUUUUCUAUAAGUGUCAUCCAGUGUGAGAUUUUACACGCUAACAAAUGCACCCAUUCAGUUUAACACUGGUUCUUUGACACAUGAGGAGAUAGUAAGUAUUUUCAUAUGUAUUUUGUCCUUUGUGUUAUUAUUGAAUCCAGUGUAUUUAUUUAUUUAUUAAUAUUUUAUGUAACCAAAUAUUUUAAGAAUUUUCAUAUUGUAUUUAUGUUUUUACAUAUUUAGAGAGCACUAUCCAUUCCAAAGUAUUGCAGCUAUUUCUGAAUAAAUGUGAAAUGUAAAUAAAGUUUACGAUUAUGAAAA